GCGGCGGCGGCGGCGGCGGCGGCGGCGGCGGCGUCUCUGCUGGGUGCUCACGGCAUGCUGCGGUGGGAGUAUCUCCCCGGGGUUUGCAGAGAGGAUGUCUGCUGAGAUCCUAAACCCUGGCACUGGCGUCAUGGAGUCAGUCACCUUCGAGGAUGUGGCGGUGAGGCUCAUCCAGGACUGGGCGUUGCUGGACGGUGCUCGGAGGAACCUGUGCAGAUACGGGAAACUGGACAACUGCAGGACGCUGGCUCCCGGGGGGACUCCACCAUGCAAACCCAGGCUUGUUUCCCAGGUGGGGCCAAGAGAAGAGCAGAGGGCAGCAGAACGAGGCAUUCUCCGUGCCAUGGGUGUGGACUGGGAAUCUCAACCGAAACCCAAAGAGUCUAUUCCUGUGCAGGAUAUUUUGGAGGAAAAUUCGUCCCAUGAUCUGCAAAUGAGGCCGGGGCUGGACCUCAGGAUGCAGGUGAGGCCCAUGACGGGAGAGAGGAGGAUGCCUUCAACUCCAGAGGACCAGUCAGCUCUCCGGGAGUCGCCUUGGCCUUCUGGAUACACAGGGCUGAAGGUGGCUGUGCGGAUUCAGAGGGUGGCCACGCCAGAGCCUGCGCUGGGCCUCCCCGACCUGUGGGUGUCCGGGGAUUCUGCUCUGCCUGCCCAGGACCCUUUGUGGCUCCAGGAGGAGAGUGUAGAGGACGAUCCUGGGGUGCUGACCACUUGUGUACAGGAACCAGUCACCUUCGCAGAUGUGGCUGUGCUCUUCACCCCAGAAGAAUGGAUGUUUCUGGACUCUGCCCAGAGAAGCCUGUACAGAGACGUGAUGCUGGAGAACUACAGGAACCUGGCCUCUGUGGGAGAUCAACUAUGCAAACCCAGUACGUUUUCCCAUUUGGAGCAAAGCGAAGAGCUGUGGACCACCGGGAGAGGAAUCUUCCCAGGAGACUGUCUAGAAUCUCAACUUCAAACUCAAGAGUUAAUUCUUAACCAAGAUAUUUUUAUGGAGAUUCCAUCCAUUGGCAUGAAAAGGGAGCAACCUCUGAGUAGAGAAAAGCUCCACAGAUAUGAUGAACUUGGGAAGCCUUUUAACAGCAUCAAACAACUUUUUCAGUAUGAGAAAAUUCAUGCUGGAGGCACCCCCUAUGCACGCCAAGAGAAUGGGAAAUCCUUGUUCCAGACCACUCACCUACUGGUGCAUGAGAAGAUCCGUAGUGGGGAUAAAACCUAUGCAUGUGACAAAUGUGAAAAAUCCUUCAGAUACAGCUCCGACCUUCUCAGGCACGAGAAGACCCAUACCUCAGAGAAGUGCUUUGAAUGUCAGGAAUGUAGGCAUGCCUUCAAGUACUCCUCCAAUCUGCGGCGCCACAUGAGAACUCACACGGGAGAGAAACCCUUUGAAUGUCGUCAGUGUGGGAAAACCUUCACGAGGAACUUUAACCUGAUUUUGCACCAGAGAAACCACACGGGUGAGAAGCCCUACGAAUGUAAGGACUGUGGGAAGGCUUUUAAUCAGCCUUCCUCUCUGAGGAGCCAUGUGAGAACUCACACCGGCGAGAAGCCCUUUGAGUGCAGUCAGUGCGGGAAAGCCUUCAGGGAGCACUCGUCACUGAAGACGCAUCUGCGAACUCACACCAGAGAGAAACCAUAUGAAUGUAACCAGUGUGGGAAGCCCUUCCGGACGAGCACCCACCUGAAUGUGCACAGGAGGAUCCACACAGGGGAGAAACUUUAUGAGUGCACGACUUGUGGCCAGGUGUUGAGCCGUCUCUCAACCCUCAAGAGUCACAUGCGAACCCACACGGGAGAGAAGCCCUUUGCGUGCCAGGAGUGUGGGCGAGCCUUUAGUGAGCCGUCAUCCCUCAGAAAACAUGCGAGGACCCACACCGGUAAGAAGCCCUACGUGUGUCAGGAAUGCGGGCGAGCCUUCGGUCAGUCUUCACACCUCAUCGUACACGUGAGAACGCACAGUGCAGGGAAACCCUAUGAAUGUAAUCAGUGUGAGAAAGCCUUCAGACACAGCUCUUCACUCACCGUGCACAAGAGGAGUCACGCCAGGACAGAGAACGUUAGGAAUGGUGUCCUGCCUUUUUCAGUGUCCCAUUCGUAUGGUGGGCCCCUUGCUAAUUAACUUGCAAUUU